AUGGCGGGUCUAUCUCAAUUACAUUUCAAGGGACUGCUUGUUUUCAUUCUUUGUCCGUACAUCGUAAGACCAACUACUACUCCAUUAGGAAGCACGCAGUCAACUUUGGGGACCACGGUUUCCAGUCAAAUAUGCGAGAAUGACGCUUCAGCCAAUUGUUACAGCUUGCCACAAAGUUGUGCCAACUGCACUUUCAAUUCGUCCUGUGUGUACGGAGACGAAACAACAAUAAACUGCACAGCGAUGUUGUCUGUUGAUUGCAAGGGAGAGAGAAGCUAUGCAAAGAAUGUUACUUGUCAAUAUUGCUAUCAAUUACCAAAAGAGAUGUAUGUUUGCCAUGCAACUAAGACAUGCAAGGUGCCAACUAGUCCACAGCAAAGGAUGGUAGUAUAUUGUACUGUUAAAGAUAAUGUCUACUGUAUGGGUAAUCGACGUUUUCGAAAAUCUGUGCCUUGCAAUUGGUCGUCGGGAUACAGAUGGUCAACAGCAAUGCUCCUAAGUUUAAGUCUUGGUGGAUUUGGUGUUGAUAGGUUCUACCUGGGUCAUUGGAAAGCUGGACUUGGAAAAGUUUUCAGUUUUGGUGGUUUAGGAGUAUGGACACUAGUUGACAUAGUAUUGAUUGCAAUAGGCUACGUCGGUCCAGCCGACGGAUCGCUGUAUAUAUUUUGAGUUAUUUCAUUCUCUCCAUAUUUCGAAAUUUUGUGGCGUAUUUCUCACGUGUAAUUAGCUUUCAUGCCUUUGUGUGUCUGGUCAAAGUAAAGCAGCUGUAAAUAUUAUAGAGGUGCAGGUAUGAUGAAAUAGUCUUCAUAACUCGUUGAUAAUUUAGACUCUAUUUCUUCAUUGCAAAUCAAAAACAGGUUGUUGUACAGUUGGUUGUCAACAAAUGAAUGACACCUUCAACAACGAACCUUCGCUAGGCGUUAUGCAUGAAAAUUCUAUUGAUGUAAAUCGAGUCUGUGUUUUGUAAAGCUGGGUUUUGUUUCACUUUCUUCAUCUUCCACCUUUGAAUAAAUGUUGCUUCAUCCAUGGCUGCGAUUUCCCUUACCGUAAGCACCAUUUCCGCGUGCAGUCAGUCAAUCGAACGAGAGACGUAAACAAAACUCCCUCGUAGCGGGUUUGCUAUUUGUGGUAUCUCUUAGCCCAGCCUGUGUUCUAUUCUAGUUUCAAACUGAAUACGAUAAAGUACCAGCGUAAAAAGGGGAAGGUAUUUUAUUGUUCUUGGGCUAUAUUCAUUUUGCCAGAUAAUAAUUGACGUCUGCCAUCCAGAUAGAUCAUGUAAUUCCAUUCUGUUGUUCAAUGUCUGUGCGGCGAUUGUCUUUUCAAUAGAAGCACCAUACAUUGUGUUUGUACGCAAUCACAGAUGCCAUCGUUUUAUGUAUUCUGACGUUAAACAUUAGGCCGUCAACGAACUUAAGUUAAGCAAGGCGUGAUACCUUUACGCCCCUUUUUGUCCUGAGUCCUCGAUGAUACGUCACAAAGAUAACCAACUGCUACGUCACACGGCUUUUCGUAGGAUAGCAAAUUAGAAGCGACUUUAAAAGUAGAAGUCACAAUUUGUAUUUCAUUCUUUUCUUUUAACAUCGUGGUGGUGUGAGAUCAAUAGGCCCGAGCAAUGAGUGCUGCUGAAAAUUUGCGAAACCAAGCUAGGCCAUUUACUUCACAUAGAACCCAGUUUUGCCAAAAAGCAGACCACACUCCUGGGAUUGACAGCGAUAUUUUGACGAUUUCACUUCAAAUGGAAAGCAGAGCAAUAGACAGAGAAAGUCACUGCAUGCAAGGUAUCAACGUGGCUACAACUCAUGGACUUGAUUUAAGCGAACUGCGGAGUUUUGCGUUUGACACUGAGGCAGAAUUGAACGCUGGUGUAACCAAUGUGUUUUCAAAUGCCACACCCACUAAGGCGACAAGUUGUUCUGCAAUAGGAAGUGUUUCAUUGAGGCGAAAUGAUUUGUCAAGGUCAUUGCCAACUUUUGCUGCAUCAAAUAGCGAGUAUAAUGGAUUUCCAUCAGAAGUAGAUCCAUACGAACAGAGUACUUUCAGUGAUUUAGGAGACCCUGCAAGGCAAACCUUUAAUCGUAGCAUUUCAAACUGCCCAAGCCGAGGAUCCAGCUCAGAAUUUAGUGACCUUGAAGUCGACAAGGAUUUCAAAAGUCCAACUUUGACAUUUGAGAAAGAGCGUGCAUCUUUGCUUGCAGAGUUUGCUUUCAGUGAGCAAGUUCAAAGUGGGGGAUGUUCGGACGAGAAGAAGGUUUUCAAAACAAAGGAAAAGAGCCGGCUUGCUGCCAGGCUGUGCAGAAGAAAGAAAAAGGAGUACAUAAAAUGUCUUGAAGAGAGAGUUAGAUCACUUGAGGAGCAAAACAACACUCUCAUGGCUAAUUUGAAGUCAUUGACUCAAAAAUAUGGUAAUUCACUUUACUUUCCCUAAUAUUUUUGUUACUGCCAUUAUGAAGAAAGGUGGUAGAUUUUCUUUGUAGUAAUUCUUUUCCAUGUAAAUAACUUAUGUGCAGGCCACAUAGUUGUAAAUAUUCAGUGACAUAUUUAUUGUCAUACGAUGCACAUUGAGCAUAUUGUAAAAUGAUCUGAAAAUAUUUCAGGUCGAGAUAAACUAAUCGAAAAUUUCAGUUAAGUUGUAAAGUCAAUUUUGUUGGUUCAACCCCCUCUCCACUUCCUACGGAAAGUUUUUCUUGCGAAGAAUUGGGGAAAAGCUUUCCUCGGUACUUUUUUUGUACAAAGUCGUAUUCAUUUUGCACCAUCAAGCUUCCAUUUCUAAACGUAGUUUCUAAAAGUUUGUAAUCAUAUUACGCAAUUCAGGUGUUCAUAGUUAAUACUUCCUGUUGCUUUGCUAUAGAUAUUACUGUGCUUGUUGCAUACAACGAUUUUUGCUAUGCAAAUAUGCUUUGGGGUAUCUUUUGAAGUGUAAAUAUUUUUACAUAUAAAUUCAUACAUUCUUUGGUUGUAAUUAUAUUUGAAGUGUAAUAAUGAUGACAUGAUUAUGUA